GUGAAUGCCCAAGCCGAGACUCCUGAUGAGCCAGCCGCUUCUGCGGCCGAGUACAUGGCAGCUAUGCAGAAGCGCUUGGCGGCCUACCAGGCAGGGGAGCCGAUAGUCGAUCUGAGUGCAUCAGCAGACCCCCAACCGUCGAUGGGGCGUGGGCCUGGCGAAGGCC